AUGGCAUCGUCUCCUAGAGAAACCUGGGCGGCCGACUUGGAGAAAAUCAAGCGAAAAUAUCGCGAAUUUUGUGAUCGCGAAGCUGCUCAAGCUAAUCGUAGAGCUUUGUUAGCCCUUCUUUUUGGAAAACCUAAGGAAGAUGGAUAUGGCCCUGCAGGCUUGGUGACGCGGACGCCAAAAGAAAGAAGAUGUCCAGUGGAGAAGAUGCUUCAUGAUGGUGUCAGGAGGCGGCGGAGAAACCAAAAUCUUAGACUAAUGAGUAAAUGA